UCAUGGGUGAUGUGUUGCUAUUAUUUGAAAAUGAAUUAUCAAUGAUUGGUGAAUUGAUCUUGAAAUCAUUCCAAAUAUUCAGAAAUGAAGAUAUACAACAAAUCUUGGAAUAUUGUUUGAUUCAAAUCCUCAAGCCUGAAAAAGGUCUAAAAAAUUUAACUGUUUUAGAAUUCUUGUAUGAAAAACUUGAAAAUCCUGAAGAAAGUUUCCUGAAAGUAUUAAAUAAAUAUAAAAUAGGGAAUCAAUACUGUAAUUGUGAUCAUGAUUGUAGUCAUGAUUAUGGUGAUAAUACUGAUAGAUUUAUAAGAUUAUUUUCAUUGAAUUUAAGUGUUUAUUCCUGGAUAUUCAAAAAAUUUGAAUCUGACUCUAGAGUUACAUCAAGGUGUUUUGAUGAAAUUCUAUUGGCUAGAUAUUAUAUGGACUCCCAAUCAAUACUCACACGUAUUAAGAUGGAACAAGAUGAAUCAUUAAAAACCAUUUUUGAGACUUUUGAUAAACUGUGCAAACAAUCCUUCUUCUCAGAAAUUCCCUAUAAAACCUACCAUUUGAAAUAUCUGAUUAAAUUGGAUGAAUCUGUUUUGUUGAAUCAAUUUUUCUGGAAAUUUCUACCAAAAUUAUUUAAAAUUAAGAAAAACAGCAAGACUUUAAUAUUUAACACUGAGUUACAAGUUAAUUGGUAUGUAGAAUUGUCCAAAGUAAAAAGUCAUAUGGAAUAUUAUAAUGAUAAUAAUAAUUUAUUUAAAACCCAAUUUAAUCAAUUUGGUGAAAAAUUAAGUAAAAUGAAAAUUCUUAAUGAACUUCCUCCUUUUUCUAAUUGUUCGAGCAUUAACAAACGUCCAAUUGAUAGAGAAUCUAAUUUUAAACAAGCAAACAAAAAGAAAAUCAAAAUUACUUAG